CGCCAUCUGUGUCACAGGUUUACGUCCCUGGUUUCCUCUUUAGCCCCUUGACGGGGCGCGGAAUUUCAACCGGCCUAGUAGCUUUCAAACUGGGGUUUGAAGGAAUUGAGGUCGGUGGGAAUGGAUCUCUGGCGGUUGGCUUAUUCGGUGCUCCUUUUUCUGGCUUCUUCCUACUCUUUCAUUGCUGUUCAUUUUGUUAGAGCCAAUGUGGUGUUCCCGGUGGAGCACAAGUUUAAAGGCCUGGAACGGAACUUGAGUGCAUUCAAAGCCCAUGAUGUACGCCGUCACGGUAGAGCACUUUUUGAUGUGGAUCUUAAAUUGGGUGGCAAUGGUCAGCCUACUGAAACUGGGCUGUACUUUGCUAAAAUUGGGAUUGGGUCUCCAUCAAAACAAUAUUACGUGCAAGUUGAUACAGGAAGUGACAUUCUUUGGGUGAAUUGUAUCGGCUGCAGCAGGUGCCCUAAGAAAAGCGGUCUUGGUAUAGAACUGACACUAUACGAUCCAAAGAGCUCCUCUACUUCAAGUUUGGUUACUUGUGAUCAAGAUUUUUGCAAUUCCACAUACGAUGGUCCACUUGCUGGUUGCAGGCCUGGCUUGGCUUGCCAAUAUAAUGUUGUUUAUGGAGAUGGAAGCUCAACUUCUGGAUACUUUGUGGAGGAUAAUGUGCAACUUGAUCAAGUGACUGGAAACCUUAAAACAGCACCAGCAAAUGGGAGUAUCAUAUUCGGGUGUGGAUCUAAACAAUCAGGGGAGCUUGGUUCAUCUUCGGAAGCUCUUGAUGGCAUUCUUGGUUUUGGACAGGCAAAUUCAUCCAUGAUUUCACAGCUUGCUUCAGCUGGAAAGUUGAAAAAAAUGUUUGCACACUGCUUGGAUAAUAUACAUGGUGGUGGAAUCUUUGCCAUUGGCCAAGUGGUGCAUCCAAAAGUGAACACAACGCCAUUGGUACCAAAUCAGGCACAUUACAAUGUUGUAUUGAAGGAUAUUGAGGUGGGUGGUGACGUUCUAUCGCUUCCUUCAGAUACAUUUGAAAAUGGACUUCGGAAAGGAACAAUAAUUGAUAGUGGUACAACAUUGGCUUAUCUUCCGGAGGUGGUUUAUGAGACCCUAAUUCCUAAGAUUAUGGCUCAGCAGCAUGAAUUGACAUUACAUACCGUUGAAGACCAGUUUUCUUGUUUCCAGUACAUUGGAAAUGUUGAUGAUGGAUUCCCAACAGUCAAGUUUCAUUUUGAACGUUCCCUUUCUUUGACAGUUUACCCCCAUGAGUAUUUAUUCCAGAUUCGAGAUGAUUUGUGGUGUAUUGGAUGGCAAAAUAGUGGGAUACAAUCCAAGGAUGGAAGCCAAAUGACUCUUUUGGGAGAUUUGGUGCUUUCAAAUAAGCUAGUUUUAUAUGAUCUUGUAGAGCUGGCGAUUGGAUGGACUGAAUACAACUGCUCUUCAGGCAUUAAGGUGAAGGAUGACUCUGGAGUUGUAUAUUCUGUUGGCGCCCACAAUCUUUCCUCAGCUUCCACUAAGAUUAUUAGAAGAACAUUAACAUCCUCUUUCUUACUGAUUGCUAUGCUGCAAAGCUUUUUAUAUUGAAUUGUUUCUUUCUGGUUUGGCAGAGCGUUCAUUUAUUUGUUGUACUAUAGUUUAUUGAUUGACAAAUUUGUGAUUAGUUGUCUUUUUAUGAGGUUUGUGAUGUUGGGUGAGGGUGGACUCUUCAUUCUUGCAAAUGAUAUAUAAUUAAAGCAAUAUAUGGCAUUACUUGCCAAAUACACAUA